GGAAAGCGCCUUUUGUCCCCGCCCCCACCGCUGAAGGGGUCGCCCAUGGAGCUGGAGGAGGAGGAGAUGCAGCCGGACAGCCUGGAAGGGUGGGUGGCCAUCAAGGAGAACCUUUUCGGCCAGCCCGAGCCGCCCCACAAGCUGCGCUUCUUGGUGGCUUGGAACGCCGUGGAGAGCAAGUUCGCGGUGACUUGUCACAACCGGACUUUGCAAGAACGAGCCGGCGGGGAGAAGGAGGGAAAGGAGGAGGAGGAGGAGGAGGAAGACGAAGAAGAAGGGGAGGCCGGCGAUGAGCAGCGGCUGAGCUGGGCCGGCUUGUACUCCCCGCAGGCCUUGGCGGGCGUCCACCGGCAGCUGGCGGCUUUGAACCAGCAGCUGGAGCCCUGCUUCCCCGCGCUGCCCCCCGCGCUGAGCGGUCCCAGCGGGUUCUGGGCGCUGCUGUUCCCCAGCUGCCCGGUGUUGGGGGAGACGGAGCUGGAGACCCUGUGCCGGCGCUUGGAAGUCUACUUUGGCUGGGCCUUGGAAGUCUGCGGACGGAAGACGCUCCUGGAUGCGCUCUUCGCCCACGACCAGGAGGAGGAAGAGGAGUAUUUCGAAAACUUGCAGGAGUUCCGGAGGAAAAGUCUCAAGGGGCGGCUGACGGCGGCCAAGGAGACCUUGAGAGGGGUUCUCCAUAAGCACAAAGAUGCUGAUAAGCUGGUAGAUUUAAUGGAGCUGUACAAGGAGGAAGAUGAAGCUUAUUGGGAGCUGGUGACCGUGGCAACCGAAUUCUAUCAAUAUUUAUUGCUACCGUUCCGAGACAUGAGAGAACUGGCCACGUUAUACAGACUUGAGAUUCUGAAAUCCUUGCAGGCCAACCGGCUGGGCCCCAAGAGGAUAGAAGCUUUGCAGAAAGAAGCCAAGGAGUGGACAGACCAGGCUGAGGAAGCCGUGUGCUCCAUUCGAAACAUCACAGUUGGCUACUUCAAAGAAACCGUGACGGCGCUCGCAGCGAUGCACAAACAGAUGGAGCAAGAUCAGAAGCGAUUUGGCCAAGCUGCCUGGGCCUCUGCUUCUCCAAGAUUAGAAAACUUAAAAUAUCUGCUAGCAAAAGAAACCCUUCAGCACAUGAGAGCCAGAGAAUUGGGCCUGAAGCACAAAACAGUUGAUAUCAGAAAGCAGAUGGAGAUGCUCAGUGAGCAGAAAAAUGAUGUGGCUCAAGUGGAAAAACUGGAACUAGAAUAUUACGAAACCCAGUUGGAGCUGUAUGAGGUACAGUUUGAAAUACUGAAGAAUGAAGAAAUGUUGCUGGUUACGCAGCUGGAGACGUUGAAGAGGCAAAUCAAAGAGAUCCAGGAUGAAGUAAUUUACUAUGACACCUGUGAAAACUCUGAGGAGUUAGAAGCCAUGGAUCGGGCCCUGGAAUCAAGCAGUGCCUCUUCUUCUGAAGUGGCACAGCUCCGGCAGAAGACCCAGCAGCUGGAGACCAAACGAGGGAUUAUUUGCGCCAGGAGAGCUUAUCUCAGGAACAAGAAGGACCAAUGUGAAGAGAGCCGGCGUUUGAGGCUCCAGCAGGCCCAGGAGACCACACGCUACUUCGAACAGCAUCACAACAUCCAGAUUAAAAGAGAGAAGAGAAAAGAAGAUGAGAAAAAGAAAAAGGCCUGGAUAAAGGAAGAGCGCCAGAAAACUCUGGAGAGGCUCAAAUCAUUCAAGGAGAAAUGCCCUGCGCAGUUGGUGCUGAAGACCUCCCGCUCUCAGCCCAUCAACUCCAAGCAGGCUGGACCACGACGACCUCCAGCGGUUCCCCCACAAGCUGGUCCACCAAGAAAAGGUCCAGCUGCCAAGCAAUCCAGGAGUGUCCAUCCAACACAAGUCAGGACUUCCAAAGCAGCAUCUCGGAAGCCUCCCAGAGAUGUUCCCGUCCAGAUUUUUGUAUCCCCGCAGGGGCCAGAACCUCCCAAGGAAGGUGUGGGGGCACCACUACCUGUGCCCCCACCUCCACCUCCUCUUCCACCACCCCCACCUCCGCCCCCACCCCCAAGCAUCCAGACUGUUGGCCUAAAAAGCCCAGGAGCCCAAGAAAAACCACGGCCUCUUGUGUGUGAAGGCUCCGCUAAAGAAUGUACUUCUUUGGAGAAAGCAGAUGCUGAAUCCAGAGGCCCAACCAAGAAUUACACAGGAACCAUGGAUGAGGUCUUGGCUUCCCUCAAGCGCGGUGAAGUCCUCCUUCGCAAAGUAGACCUGACCCAACAGCAAAGUAGACCUGACCUCAACGACAGCAUUCUCGCCGCCAUUAGGCAGGGGGUAAAACUACGGAAGGUCAACCCAGAGCCCAAGGAAGGCGUUGCGAAAGGUUCGUGCAGUGAACUGGAGCAGAGCAUCAAGGCAGCCAUCCAGAGGAUUAAGAAGGUCUCCGCUGACUCCGACGACGAUGAAAACGGAGACUGCAGCGGUGAAGAGUGGAACAGUUAGCCGAGCCGUUGGCCGGUCCAGAGCUCCUCAGAAGCUCCCGAGGGAUUCUUCGGUGAGAAGACAGCUAACCGUAAAGGAGUGCCAAAAAAACGGAAGAGCGGUCUGGAGCCCAGCAAGCUGGUGAACGUCCCGCACGAAUCGGGCAUCCCAGAAUUCUUAGCAACACUCUGGAGUUUGGGGAGCCGCUGAAAGAAGUGUGGGAAAUGCUCCUUGAUCAAUGCCAGAAGGUUCCAAGCAGACAAGUAAAUGUAGGACGAGUCCUUUACUGACACCGAGUUUUAUGCUUUGAAGUUUGCACAUUUUCUUUCCUUCUCUCUCUCUCUCUUUUUUUUUGCAAGGGAAUCGGCGCUCCUUUGGGCUCUGGGCUGCGAGGGGUUUGCAACUGGGCCGUGGAAAUGGCCAGGUGUGUAUCCUCAUUUGCACAAGCAGUG